GGAGCCGGGCGCGCCGCGGUCACGUGAGGCGCAGCCAGCGGGGCGGGGCCGCCCGGCGGGGCGGUCGCACGGAGCCGAGUAGCAGGCGGGACCCUCGGCCGGGCGCUGCCGGGUCUGCGUGGCCGGAGCCUCUGUGCUGGGCGAGCGCUGAUGCUGCAGCCCCAUCGGCGCUCUUGUGGUUUCUUUGGGAUGCAGCCAGUGCCAGAAGGUUGAGUGGUAUCAAACGGGAGCUCAGCAGAAGCGUGACAGGCUGUUCUUAUCAGGGACAACCGCACCUGGGAUCUCCUGGUACACACAAUGAGAAGACUUGAGUAGGACUUCACAAUGGAGGCGAAAUCCAUAGUGAUCGGCGUGGAGGGGAUGACGUGCGGUUCCUGCGUUCAGACCAUCGAAGAGCACGUGGGGAAGAUGAGCGGUGUCCAUCGCGUUAACGUAUCUCUGGAGGAUGAGAACGCAGUCAUCAUUUAUGACUCAAAAGUGCAGAGUCCAGCAGCGCUGCGGGAAGCGAUAGACAACAUGGGAUUCGAUGCUACGUUAGCUGAUUCAAACCCACAACCUGUCUUACUCGACACUGUUUUUCUUACAAUUCCUACUCAGUCAGCUCUGACGUCUAAACAGAUUUGUAGCGCGCUGCUGAAGAACAAAGGCAUAGUGGAUGUUAAAAUGUCCUCGGAUCAAAAAACCGCAGUGGUGACUUUCGUUUCUUCCGUUACAAGCGGCAAGCAGAUUACCCGCAUGGUGCCGGGGGUCGAUUUGAGUGUCUCGGCGCCCGAGGCGGGUGAGGACCCCAGCUGGGGCGCGGCCAGCGGCGUCGUGCUGCGCCUGCGCGUGGAGGGGAUGAGCUGCCACUCCUGCACCAGCACCAUCGAGGGCAAGAUCGGCAAACUGCAAGGGGUCCAGCGCGUUAAAGUGUCCCUGGACAAUCAGGAAGCUGCUGUUGUCUACCAACCUCACCUAAUUACAGCCGAAGAAAUAAAGCGUCAAAUCGAAGCUGCGGGUUUCACAGCAUCUUUCAAGAAGCAGCCUCGAGCCCUGAGGCUCGGUGCCAUUGACCUGGAGAGGCUCCGCAACGCUCCGCUCAAAGAGAACUCCGCCGGGAACGACACACAGACAGUUGUGUUCAGGGUCGACGGCAUGCACUGCACGUCGUGUGUCCUCAAUAUUCAGAGCACCCUGUCAGCAAUCCUGUCGGUAACAGGUGUAGUUGUUUCAUUAGAGAAGAAAUCUGCUAUUAUAAGCUAUAACCCAAACUUAAUUGGCAUAGAUGGGCUGAGAAAAGCCAUAGAGGCCGUGUCUCCGGGGACGUUCAAGGUCAGCCUUCCUGAGGAGGGUGAGCACGUCGCGCUUUUCCCCGCGCUGGCGUCUCCGUUGAAGUUGUCUGCCCCGGUUUCGAGGGACGCCGGCCAGCCGCUCACUCAGGUCGUUGUGAUCAAUAUCGAGGGAAUGACUUGCAACUCGUGCGUGCAGUCCAUUGAGGGAGUCCUGUCCCAAAAGGAAGGGGUGAAAUCUGUUCGCGUCUCUCUCGCAAAUCGUAAUGGAACUGUAGAAUACGACCCUCUGCAAACAUCCCCAGAAGACUUGCGAUCCUCAAUAGAGGAUAUGGGAUUUGAUGCAUCUUUGUCAGCAGAGGCAGAGCUGCCUGUGCCCAUAGCUCAGCCCUCGCCCCCCGCGCGGCUGGAAUCGCAGAAGUCCGAACCUCCCUCCAAAGCGUUGCCAGCCCACCUCGCUGCACCGGAGACCAAGGCCGUCUCCAAGUGCUACGUCCAGGUCACGGGAAUGACGUGUGCUUCGUGUGUAGCCAACAUUGAGAGAAAUUUGAGGAGAGAAGAUGGAAUCCAUUCGAUACUUGUUGCCUUGAUGGCGGGGAAGGCAGAGGUGAGGUACAACCCCGCGGUCAUCCACCCCUCGGCUAUUGCGGAGCUCAUACGGGAACUGGGCUUUGGAGCUACUGUGAUGGAAAACCAUGGUGAAGGAGAUGGAAUUCUGGAGCUUGUUGUGAGAGGAAUGACCUGUGCUUCUUGUGUACACAAAAUAGAAUCGACCCUCAUGAAGACUAACGGGGUUUUGUACUGCUCGGUAGCUCUUGCGACCAACAAAGCACACAUUAAGUAUGACCCUGAGAUUAUAGGUCCUCGAGAUGUUAUACAAGUGAUCAAGGAUUUAGGUUUCACUACUUCAUUAGUCAAAAAAGACAGAUCUGCUAGUCAUCUGGAUCACAGACAGGAAAUACGGCAGUGGAAAAGGUCUUUUGUCGUGAGUCUCGUUUUCUGUAUUCCCGUCAUGGGGCUGAUGAUCUACAUGAUGGUUAUGGACAGCCAGCUUUCGGAUGCUCACGCGCAUCACAACAUGAGCGCUGAGGAGCUGGAGGCCCUUCACGCCUCGAUGGCGCUGGAAUACCAGCUCCUGCCAGGACUGUCCGUGAUGAAUUUCCUGUCGUUCUUACUCUGCGUCCCUGUGCAGAUAUUCGGAGGCUGGCACUUCUACAUCCAGGCCUACAAAGCACUGAAGCACAAAACUGCAAACAUGGACGUGCUCAUAGUUCUGGCAACUUCCAUCGCGUUCGUCUACUCGUUUGUUAUUCUUCUGGUUGCAAUGGCCGAGAAAGCAAAAGUCAACCCUGUCACUUUUUUUGACACGCCUCCUAUGCUCUUCGUCUUCAUCUCCUUGGGCCGGUGGCUGGAGCACGUUGCAAAGGGUAAAACAUCAGAAGCACUGGCAAGACUAAUUUCAUUACAAGCUACUGAAGCUACUAUUGUUACCUUGGGCCCUGAUAACGUUCUUUUAAGUGAAGAGCAAGUUGAUGUGGAACUGGUUCAACGAGGUGACGUUGUCAAAGUGGUCCCAGGAGGCAAAUUCCCAGUGGAUGGUCGUGUUAUUGAAGGGCACUCUAUGGUAGAUGAGUCUCUUAUCACUGGUGAAGCGAUGCCUGUGACUAAAAAGCCUGGCAAUACAGUUAUCGCGGGUUCUAUUAACCAGAAUGGGUCACUGCUGAUUUCAGCAACCCAUGUUGGAGCCGAUACAACUCUUUCCCAGAUCGUUAAACUCGUGGAGGAGGCCCAGACCUCAAAGGCUCCCAUCCAGCAAUUUGCAGACAAACUCAGUGGCUACUUCGUUCCUUGCAUUGUGGCUGUCUCUGUGCUCACCCUUUUGGCCUGGAUUAUAAUUGGGUUCGUGGAUUUUGAAAUAGUAGAAAAAUACUUUCUGGGUUACAGUAAGAGCAUUUCCACGGCCGAGGUGAUAAUCCGCUUUGCCUUCCAAGCCUCCAUCACGGUGCUGUGCAUCGCCUGCCCCUGCUCGCUGGGAUUGGCCACCCCCACGGCCGUGAUGGUGGGGACCGGCGUGGGCGCCCAGAACGGCAUCCUCAUCAAAGGGGGAGAGCCGCUGGAGAUGGCGCAUAAGGUCAAGGUGGUUGUGUUUGACAAAACAGGCACUAUCACUCAUGGGACUCCAGAAGUGACGCAGGUGAAGUUUCUAGUGGAGGGUAACCAGCUACCACACAAGAAAAUGCUGGCGAUCGUGGGGACUGCGGAGAGCAAUAGCGAGCAUCCUCUUGGAGUAGCAAUAACAAAAUACUGCAAAAAGGAACUGGACUCGGAAACCCUUGGGACAUGUACAGAUUUUCAGGUGGUUCCGGGCUGCGGCAUUAGUUGUAAAGUCACCAAUAUCGAAGCAUUACUCUACAGGAAAAAUAAAAUGGUUGAAGAGAACAAUAUUAAAAAUGUGACGCUUGUGAAAAUUGAGGAAAAUACAGACGAAUCGGUGCAGCCUGCUUUGAUUAUUGAUGCUGAACUACCAACCACUAUGACUUCUCAAAAAUACUCAGUUCUCAUUGGGAACCGGGAAUGGAUGAACAGAAACGGCCUCCUUGUUAAAAACGAAGUGGAUCGAGCCAUGACGGAACACGAGCGGAGGGGCCGCACGGCCGUUCUGGCCGCUGUCGAUGGUGUGCUUUGUGGCUUGAUAGCUAUUGCUGAUACUGUGAAACCAGAAGCUGAGCUGGCAGUCUACACUUUGAAGAGUAUGGGAUUGGAAGUUGUCCUAAUGACUGGUGACAACAGCAAAACAGCAAGGUCCAUUGCCUCUCAGGUUGGCAUCACCAAAGUGUUUGCAGAGGUUCUUCCCUCCCACAAAGUAGCCAAAGUGAAACAAUUACAAGACGAAGGUAAACGGGUGGCCAUGGUUGGAGAUGGUAUCAAUGACUCUCCAGCUCUCGCGAUGGCCAACGUGGGGAUCGCUAUUGGCACAGGCACUGAUGUAGCCAUUGAGGCAGCUGAUGUGGUUCUAAUUAAGGAUGAUCUGAUGGAUGUGGUAGCAAGUAUAGAUUUGUCGAGGAAAACUGUGAAAAGGAUCCGGAUCAACUUUGUCUUUGCUUUAAUUUAUAAUCUCAUUGGAGUUCCCAUAGCUGCUGGUGUCUUUCUGCCCGUUGGUUUGGUUUUGCAGCCCUGGAUGGGAUCUGCAGCAAUGGCUGCCUCCUCUGUUUCUGUUGUGCUUUCUUCACUGCUGUUAAAGAUGUACCAGAAACCAAGCUCUGAGAAGCUGGAGUUCCGAGCCCGUGGCCAAAUGAGGCACAAGAGCCCGUCGGAAAUCAGCGUCCACAUUGGAAUUGAUGAGACUGGGACAGGCUCUCCUAAACUGAGCUUAAUGGAUCGAAUCAUCAAUUACAGCAGAGCCUCUAUAAAUUCUCUCUUUUCAGACAAGCGCUCAGUGAACAGCGUAGUUCUUAAUGAACCAGAUAAGCAUUCACUUUUGGUGGGAGAUUUUGGAGAAGAUGAUGACACCGCAUUGUGAAAGACUCACCCCUUGCCUUGAAAAAAGACAACCGAAACAGCUGUCUACAAGUGUGCGCGGGUACCUGUGCAUUCUGGAGGUCUUUUCAGAUGUAUUUCCUAUUUAAUGUAGAAAGCUAGAUUUUGCAGCAACUAUCCAGGGUCAUUUUUUUAAACUAGUCUUACCAAAACAAUGGUGCAGGCUCCGUUAGCGCUCGCUAACAGGGCUGUGUUACCAUUCCAAGAAGCUUGCAGUAUAGUAUAUUUUUGGCAGAAUGUCAAAAUAGUUAAGGAAACAAAGGAACCAGAGACUUGUUUCCCAGCAUUGUAAUAGGCUACUUUGUGCAUAGUCAGGCUUAGUACUGUGUUUAAAAAGUUAUGUUACUGCAUCUGCGAAAUACUUCAAGUUUUGUGUGUGCAGAUAGAUGUGCCUUACUCCAAACCUCCCGGGGCCCCUCUUGUUUCCGUAACCUGCCUUCUACCAGAAAUGGUUCCUCUCAAAUGCCUUUUCUUUCUACAAGCAUCUGGUUCCAGCUUUUAGCACUCCCGGCCUCAGAUCAUCUCGCUGUUUGUGGUCUGGAUUCCUGCGAGGUUUGGGGGUUGCUUUCAGAGCCCAUCCUCACGUUAACUCUGCACCCCCGUGCUCUCCUGCUCCCACCGCUGUCUGCCUGAAGGUUGGAUGGGUUGGGAGGUUGCUUCAUUCCCAGCUCUCCUCAGCCAAAAUCUCCUGCGCCAUCUGAACACGGGGUGAAUGUGAUGUGGUAGUAGCCGAAAUGUCCAGCGUCUCAGAAGGCAGCAGCAAUGCAGUUAGUGCUCACUGCCCAUGUCUGCUGGCACUCCUGAAAUGAACCGGGGUAGUUUGGGCUGGUGUCGUGCAGACUGCCCUUAAAAUCUUUGCAGUUCAGUCUUUACAGAUAUCUAACACCACCAAAGAAUUGAUUGUGUGUCAGAUACUGCACUAACAUCAGUUACUUGUAAAGACAAGUGGCUGCGUACCAGGGAUGGUCCAGAAUCCGCUCUGUGGGUUGGUCCAAACCUCCUUUGCUUGGGAUGUUCAGAUCCAGGCUUUGUGGAUUGAGACGGUCUUUGUUACUGAACUGAAAUAUCAAAAUGUGGGUUUAGAUCAUGAAGUCACUAGUAGUAGAUCUAUUCUCAGUGAGGAAUAAAGGUGUUCAUCAUCCAGUAGCCACCUGUUUGUUACUUAAUAAGCCUGCUUCUUUCAAUGCUCUGCUGAGACAGCUGUCUAAAGCAAUUAGUAGGUUCAAUAAUGCUGAGUUACAUUAUGAGAUACAGUCCAUGGUGUAAAUGUGUAAUUCCAUUUUGUGCUGGUAGAGGAGAAGUGUUCGGAUUGGAGUUUGGUAAAGGCAUCUCUGCAAUGUUCUAGUUCCUUACUGGAAGUCAGAUGUCAGUUCAGAGAUCGUGUGUGUAAAAAGUCCUAAGUAAAUGGCUUUUGCAUUUUAUUUGAGAACUACCAGCAAAAUAUCAGUGUGUGAAAACAGAAGAGUUGUGUUGUGGAAUGUGGUGUUAGUAGAUCAGUGUAUUUGUUAUAUUGCUGUGAGGAGAACAACGACGUUUGUUGCUGCCACUGAUUUAAGAAACAAUAUUCUGUUGCAGGAUUUAGGUUCUUAAUACCUAUACAUGAAUAUGGGUUAUUUUUUUAAUUAGCUUAUGGCUAUAUGUAUAUGUUGUAGUGUUGGGAAAUGCUGAGACACGUUUCUGUAAAGUCAUUCCGUAAGGUGUUGUUCUCAGUUUUCAGCAGCAAAGCUGUUUCUUACAAAGAAGGUAGUUGCCUAAAAACUGCUUGAUUGUGUUAUUAUGAUGGGUUUUUAGUGUUUCACAACCGUGCAAACUGUGCCCAAAGACUUCCGUUUUCUUGUUUAUCCACACUCAUUUUCGGUGGCGUUCUUGGCCGGGUUCUGCAGGUGAAAGGGGAGUAUUCUGUGUGGUUUUGGCUGAGUUGUGCUGAUGGGUGAGGACAGAAGGUGGAUCCGCUGAUGCUUAGACGUGGGGAUUCCAGUGCUGCCUAUGGUAUAUAUGGCGCGUAAACAACAGACAUCGCACUCUGACUGCAGGAAAUACAGUGAUAUAGGCUUAGAUUCCUGGGUGGUAGAUAAAGGAGCUUGAAGAAUUUAUUAAAUUAUUUCUGAAUGUGUGUUUAGAGCAGUUUGGCUUUGACCUUUAGUCGUCCGCGUUGUACGCAGGUUCCAUGUUUGCAGUGGCUCUUAUCCCCAACGCUUUCCCAACAGAGAUGUUUUCUCUAGGCUUUUCCAGCUUUCUGUGAAACCUGGCGUUGGAUCCAGAUAGAGCAAAAUAAGACUCUGCUUUUCAAAAUCAGGAUACGGAGUGCGGUGCGGAGGUGAUAACGGGGGAACGAGGAGCAGCGGGACGCUGGCCGAGGGGGAGCGGGGUUGCGGCUCGUGGUGCAGCUGGGAUCAGGCUCUAGAGAGGGGAAGGAGCUGAGCCCCAGAGCAGCGUUAGCCCGGGAGCCAACGGGCGCGAGGCGGUUGUGAUAAACCACGCCGGAAUUGAGGUGAAGGUGUUCAACUCUAACAGCUGGCGGGUUCCUAGGCAGCGCUCGUCUGGGUGGAAAGCAAAUUGCCCUCGUUGCUGGAAGAGGCUUGUGUGAAGAUGCCAGGAAAAGCAGCCACCGGGGCCGACUGACCCACAAAGGCCCUUUUACUCCAGUUUUACUCUUUGUAAAAAUCUGUCUGUGCUUGUCUUUUGAACUUGAAUUCAGUACAUGGUGUGUUUGAGCAACGUGUGGCUGGUGAAGAGAUUCGGAGUUCAGGACUUUGGAAGCAGGUUUUCUGUGCAACACGCCCCCCUCCAAAGGGGCGACAUUGACUUAUGGAAUGUUUACCUUGUGCUUAAAAUAUUACAUAAGGUGCUUUCUGUUGAAGAACCAAAAGAUUUUUCAGUUUGAAUGUACAGUGCAAGUGAAAUAAUGUGGGAGUGAAAUGUUUUCCUAAAUGUACAUGUUUUAAUAUGUAAAUAUGUUACUCCUGUUGGAGACAGUUUGGAUUCAGGAAUUUAAAAUAUCGCUUGGAAACACACAGUUACAAACAACAUUUUAUUACUAGUUUGUCUAUUCUAUUGUAACUAUUCUGUAACUAGCUAUUUAUAAAACCUGUGCUCUAUUUUAAAAAGUACAUAUGCUUGAGGCUUUAAAAAUUGCUCUUUGAAUCUUACCAAUAAGCUUUUAAAAGAGUAGACAUUUGGCAUUUUCUGUGAGAAGGAACGUGAAGUUGACAAAACACAAUGGAAGCAAGUAAGUAUUUUUAUUUAUUAUAAACCAUGUUUAUUUUUUUUGCUUAGAACUUCCAACAAAAUGUUUUAAACUUCAGAGGGGUUUUUUUAAUUCAAUUUUGUUAUGAAGAAUGCAGAAAUGAAUGCUGUUGUGGAUUGUUAAUGUAGUGCUGUUGCAUUUCUUUAUAUCUAGAAACGCGUAUCCUCGCACUCCCUAUUCUUUUAAGACUGUACCUCCAUCAUUAUAAUGGCAGUUAUAAGCUAUAUAAUAAAAAUGCAACAUCCAAA